ACAAGACAUGCCGCGCCGCAUUGCACCUCGACAUGGAAAACGCUCUGAUUGACAAGUGGAGAUUUUGCCUUACUGGCCAUCUAUGCAUUAUCUUCAGCUAGUAUGGUUAGGGUGCAGUCAACCAUGAAGCGUCGGCGACAUGCUCAGCACACAUGCUCUCCUCGGUAGAUACGAUAAUGUCUAUGGAUACCUUUCGAGUCCGCCUGAACUGCAUCGAUCACUACCAAGCCGUGCCUGUAAACGAAUUCGAUCCGCCACUCCCCCUCGGCGUCACGAGCGAAAAUGCGAAAGAACGACCUCGUAUUUCCGUCAUUCGCGUCUUCGGCGCCACGGAGACCGGGCAGAAGGUGUUGAUGCACAUUCAUGGGGCUCUUCAGUACACGUACAUUGAAUACAGUGGUAGCCUGGCUCCCAACGAUGUGGACGUGGCUAUCCGCACUCUGCAGCUCUCGAUCGACCAUGCACUCGCCGUCAGCUACCGCAAAAACAUCUAUGAUGGGAAACAUCGAUAUGUGGCACACAUCUCGCUGGUCAAGGGAGUCCCCUUCUACGGCUUUCACGUGGGAUACAGAUACUAUCUGAAGAUAUAUCUGCUCAAUCCGCUGCAUAUGACAAGGCUUGCAGAUCUCUUGCGUGAAGGUGCCGUGAUGAAGAGAGUCUUACAACCUUACGAGAGCCAUAUGCAAUACCUGGCGCAAUGGAUGUGCGACUACAACUUGUAUGGUUGCGGUUACAUUGAAUGUGGCAAAGUCAAGUUCCGCUCACCCAUACCAAAAUAUAUGGACAUCACCAAUGCCAUGCAUCAAUGGCAUGACCACUCCAUAUCACCAGACUGCAUUUCUGAGGACACAUAUCUUCCGAAACAGAGCCAUUGCGCGCUGGAAGUCGACGUACAUGUGAAGGACAUCUUCAAUCGGCGAAAUAUUGAAUCUCGUGAUGUCCAUCACGACUUUAUCGAACGUUUGCGUCCUAUUCCGGCCGAUGCAAAGUUGGUGCAGAGUAUGGCCGGACUAUGGAAAGAUGAAACCCGACGGAGGAAAUUGAGAAUGGGGCUCAAAGAUCCGAACAGUAGUCCUUUUCCGCCGGAAGUUCUAAUCUCCAUGUCAGCGGACCCGAGGAAUAGGGACGCUGGGGGCUGGAUUCAUGAAGUAGAAUUUCGCGAAAGAGUUAAACAAUUGGCUGCUGAAGAACAUGACAAAAGCGACGGGCGUAAGAUAUCAUUUGACACUUUCAUGAAGCCUGUACCACUGGAGGGGACUGUGCAGACUGCGCUUGCUAGCGUCGACGACCUCUAUCCAGAGAAGAUUCAAAGUCUGUUGCAUCGCACUAGGGAUCGGCAAGUAGACCUUGCUUCAAACGGCCACAUUCAGGCCGAUCAAGUGAUUGUCAACGAAGCUCGGGCGGAAAAUCUUGCAAAUGGCUCUCGCGACGACCCUGAGCAAUUCAACGCAACCGACGGACAAUCAUCGGAUCGUACAGACACUAUCAGUGACCGAAAGCCCGAGAGUAGUGGAUCAACCAACGACCUCGUGAGAUCGCCAAUCAGUUCAUCGGAGUACCAAAAGUAUGGCAUUCGUGCAGCAGGAGAUACGGACGGCCUCGAGGAGGAUGCCUUUGAGGUACCCGAGGAAUAUUUGACACGCAGAAAUGAACCCUUGAACGGUGCUAAGAGGGAUAGGUUUGCAAAGCCACCGAGCUUCAAGCCGAGGAAGCGACGCAAGCAACUUGUCGAUGAAGAAGAUGUCCUCCCAGACAUCAGCUUCUCUGGCUCGGACGAAGAUCCAGACUUCACAUACGAUGAUGACCACUACGAUUCCGUUGCCCAGCCGACAGUACAGGAGUUACGAAGUAUUCGAUUACCACAGAAUGGGCUCGAUAGUCUCCCAGCGAGUGGCCAGCAGUCUCACAAGAAGCUGUCGCAAGAAGCUCCCAUCAAUCUCUCCCAGCAAUCUAACUUGUCAUUUCCUACCGUAAAGAAUCCCCAUGACCCGGACACGUUCGCUCGUCUAAGCCAAAAGAGCAAUAGCUCUCUGAAAUCGCCGUAUACAGUUCAAACAGUAUCUCCGGCAUUGUCCAAAACGACCCCGAAAGGAAGAAUUUCAUCUUCUCAACAGACAUUGGUUCCCCCAACCACGGUCGAAAGCGACAAGACCAUACGUCUUCCCAGUCUGAAACUUCGUGGCCUGCGAGACACUGGGAGAGUCGCUUCGUUGCUCUUAUUUUUCCCUCGUCCACCCACUACGGAAGAAGUGAAGACGAGUAUCUGGCAACAGGGACUCCCCGACGUCAUCUAUCAGGAAGCAUUUUACAGCAACGAAGAGGAUGUGCCGGAGCAAGCUAGACAGUAUGCUGGCCGUGAGUUCAAACUCGAAAGCGCAACUGUGCCGUUCUUGCCCGACUUCGACCCGACCGGAACAUCUCUGGCAAAUCUGGGUCGCCGGCCGCCGCUACUGCUCGAUCACCCCACAGAACAGAUCCGAGACAAUCAAAGACGGAAACGUUGCACCAUCUCUCAAUGGACUAUUGCCGCUGCGCCUCCGAGAAAAGUGGACGUGGUCUUCUGGCUCCGAGAAGAACAGCAGGCUAAGAUGGACGAAGCACUCGCCAGUGGCAAGUCUGCAACCCGAAAUAAGCUACUUUCCCAGAUUGACGGACCGACUCAGAAGAAUCGGUAUGGGUUCAAAUAUUCGCAGAAGCAGCCCAGCACCAGCGUUCAACAUGAAACCCAAUAUAUGAGUAUCAUGGCUCUAGAAGUCCAUGUCAACACCCGAGGUUCACUUGCUCCCAAUCCGGAUGAAGACGCGAUUGCUUCUGUCUUCUGGUGCGUGCAGACAGAUGAUGAAGAUGUCGAGAGCAGAGGCAGCCGAGAAGGUAUCCACAAAGGCAUUCUGACCGUUGCUGAUGAACCACACAUGGGCAAGAAGAUAGGGCGCAAUGUGCCGUUCGAUGUUGAGGAAGAAACAACCGAGCUUGAUUUGCUGACAAGGCUGAUUGAUAUCGUACGGAUAUACGAUCCUGACAUCCUUACAGGAUACGAAGUGCAUACCAGCUCAUGGGGAUAUCUGAUCGAACGCGCCCGUGUCAAAUACGACCUCAACUACUGUGAUGAGCUGUCACGCAUGAAAUCACAAUCUCAUGGCAGGUUCGGCAAAGAGGAUGACAAAUGGGGCUUCAAUCACACCUCGACCAUUCGAGUUACAGGUCGUCAUACGAUCAACAUCUGGAGAGCUAUGCGAGGUGAACUGAACUUGCUCCAGUACACCAUGGAAAAUGUGGUUUAUCACAUACUGCACCAGAGAAUACCUCAUUACACCUUUGCCGACCUGACAAAGUGGUACAAAAGCAAGAAUCCUCGCGACUUGGGGAAGGUCAUUGAUUACUUCUCAAAUCGGGUCGAAAUCGAUAUUCAGAUCCUGGAGGCAAACGAGCUGGUGCCGAGGACCAGUGAACAGGCUCGCUUGUUGGGCGUUGAUUGGUUUUCCGUCAUCUCUAGAGGGUCUCAGUUCAAGGUCGAAUCCCUGAUGUUCCGAAUUGCUAAGCCCGAAAACUUCAUCUUGGUGUCACCUAGCAGGAGGCAGGUCGGAGGACAAAAUGCGCUUGAGUGUUUGCCGCUUGUCAUGGAGCCUCAGAGUGACUUUUACACCAGUCCACUGCUGGUACUGGAUUUUCAGUCCCUUUAUCCAAGCGUGAUGAUCGCUUACAAUUAUUGUUACUCCACUUUCCUCGGGCGUGUUGUCAAUUGGCGCGGUACGAACAAGAUGGGCUUCACAGAUUAUCGUCGCGAGCAGAGACUGAUGGAACUACUCAAAGACUACAUCAACAUUGCUCCAAAUGGCAUUAUGUAUGCAAAGCCGGAGAUACGGAAGUCAUUGCUAGCUAAAAUGCUUACGGAGAUUCUGGAGACCCGGGUCAUGGUUAAGAGUGGCAUGAAAGUGGACAAGGACGACAAGACUCUGCAACGACUGCUGAACAACAGACAGCUCGCACUCAAGCUCAUCGCGAACGUCACGUACGGCUAUACAUCUGCAUCUUUCUCAGGACGGAUGCCCUGCUCUGAAAUUGCAGAUAGUAUCGUUCAGACGGGACGAGAGACCCUGGAGAAGGCUAUUGCGCUCAUUCAUUCUGUCGAACGAUGGGGUGCUGAAGUGGUCUAUGGUGAUACUGACAGCUUGUUCGUCUACCUGAAAGGCCGAACGCGAGAACAGGCUUUUGAUAUCGGUGAGGAGAUUGCAGAUACAAUCACGAAAAUGAACCCACGACCAGUCAAGUUGAAGUUCGAAAAGGUCUACCAUCCUUGUGUUCUGCUUGCCAAGAAGCGCUACGUCGGAUUCAAGUACGAAAGUCGAAAACAGACAGUCCCUGAGUUUGACGCCAAAGGCAUAGAGACGGUCCGGCGAGAUGGUACACCUGCCGAGCAGAAGAUUGAGGAGACUGCGUUGAAGGUCCUCUUCCGCACUUCAGAUCUAAGUCAAGUGAAGAGCUUUUUCCAAGCGCAGUGCUCCAAGAUCAUGCGUGGAAAAGUAUCAAUCCAGGACUUUUGCUUUGCGAAAGAAGUCAAGCUUGGGACGUAUAGCGAGAAAGGCCCGCCACCGCCCGGAGCACUCAUCAGUGCCCGCAAAAUGGUUGAAGACCCAAGGCUUGAACCUCAAUAUGGCGAAAGAGUGCCGUAUGUGGUGGUCACGGGAGGACCUGGUGCAAGACUCAUCGACCGAUGUGUGGCACCGGAAGUGCUGCUCAACGAUGCACAUUCGGAGCUUGAUGCGGAAUACUAUAUCUCGAAAAACAUCAUCCCGCCUCUCGAACGCAUCUUCAACUUGGUCGGCGCGAAUGUGCGACAAUGGUAUGAUGAAAUGCCCAAGUAUCAACGCAUCAGACGGGUUGAAGCAGGCCCGAUCACCGAUGGCAGAGAGAUGGGCCUUUCGAGAAAGACGUUGGAGUCAUACAUGAAGUCCUCGACAUGUUUGGUGUGUCGUCAGGCUCUGGACUCGGAAUCGCCCUUGUGCAACAGCUGCUUCCAGCAGUCAUCGCACAGUGUGCUUGAGCUUCGGUCGCGGUUGAUGAAAGCGGAGAAGAAUGUCACAGAGCUUGCGAAAAUCUGUCGUUCGUGCUCGGGGUGGGAUUGGAACGAGGAUGUCCGGUGUGAUAGCAAGGAUUGUCCUGUGUUUUACUCACGGACUCGGCACAAGGCGGCGUUGGCUAACGAGAGCGCCACACUUUUGCCUAUCAUGGAAACAUUGGAGCAAAAUGUACAGGAUAGCAUGGAUUGGUAGCCUUUUUGUGUACAUCAACGGGCGUUGCAUAGCGAGGGCGAUGUGAUUUGGAAGAGUGCUUGAGAUACCCCAAUUGGAAAGAAAGCCUGGAUAGCACAGGACGGGCGU